UAGACGACAGCGCGGAGUCGGAGGGAGUGAUGCGGUCGCCGGGUUUUGUCAGAGGCCGUAGUAACAGGGCGGGGCAGGAAUCUGGGAGGGCGGGCCCUAACGAGAACACGACUCGCCUUGUUGUGUGUAUUCCCGUGCUCGCAUCGCCAUCUUGUUGCAAUCCUAUUUUUUUUUUUUUUAACGUAUGCGAGGAUCUACUUUCCGUUCGGCCGGAUUAAAAAUCGACCGUCUGGUUUCAGGAGCAACACACAGGGGACGAGAAGCUCGGGCCUGUGGGUGUGAACCGUGCACACGGCGCUUCCUACCGGGACACUGCCUACCUAACCCUCUCGGUCUUUUUCCUCCUUCCGUCCCGAGCCACCGGGUCGCCUGUCGUGAGGGUUUUACGCGCAAUGAGCAUCGACACACUUUUGGAGGCGGCCAGAUUUCUGGAAUGGCAAGCCCAGCAACAACAGAUCACACGUGAAGAGGAGCAGCGCAGAGAGACGGAGCUCAUCAGCCGGGAGGCAGAGUCGCGGCGCGCGGAACUUGUGACGGCGCUGUCUCAGCCAAUCAGAGCCAACCACGUUACUUGGGGCCAUGACACUCACCGCCAACAGCCGCACCACCCGCCUCCCCCCUCUCUCCCACCUCCUCAAGUCCCCAUCGCUGUCAUCCCAAUGGUCCCAGUUGUCACCGCGACACCCUCUGUCCCGCCUUUUCCGCUUGCAACGCAGAUUGCGGUGGCGGCAGCAACGUCGUUCAACGGCUCACUGCCAGUCAAGAUGGCUUCCUCCCCCCCGCAGCAGCAGCAGCAGCAGCAGCAGCAUCAGCCGCCCUCUUCUCACCUGUUGUGCACUCACCAGAUUAAGGUAGAGACCAGUCCGCAGCUCAUUAGUGUAAAGCCCGAGGUUCAGAUUCAGUACUCGGCCUCCAUCAGCACUAAUGGAUCUGGCUCUCUACAUGCACUGGUCCCCCAUCAACUUUCACCUUCAGCUCAGCCGCGGCCUAACGGAGUGACGAUGGAGGACCUGAGGGGGAUGGAAGGGAAGAGGAGACCAGGAGGAGCGGGGACCAGAGAGGUGCAUAAUAAACUGGAGAAGAACAGGCCCUUCAGGCGAGCACACCUCAAAGAGUGUUUUGAGAUGCUGAAGAAGAACGUUCCAAAUGUUGAUGAGAAGAAAACCUCCAACCUCAGUGUGCUCCGCAGCGCUUUGCGUUACAUACAGACUUUGAAGCGUAAGGAGAAGGAGUAUGAGCACGAGAUGGAGCGCUUGGCCAGAGAGAAGAUCGCGACGCAGCAGCGGCUGGCCGAGUUGAAGAACGAGCUCAGCCAAUGCAUGGACGUGAUGGAGAUCGACCGAGUCCUCCGUCAGACCAUCCAGCCGGAGGACGACCAGGCCUCCACAUCCACCGCCUCAGAAGGAGAAGACAACUUUGAGCAGGACAUCGACGAGGACGUCCUUGCUCCUCCCGCUCUCGCGUCUCUCCCCAAACCGACACCUCCCAUCUUACAAGCCCAGCCGCUCCUCAACCAUCACCUGUCGAUCCAGCACGCCACCCUGCCUCUUUCUGGAGUCCUGAACGUGCCCUCCUCCUCAUCCUCCGCUCCUCCUCACGCCAUCGCACCUACUCCGGGUCCGCCCCCUCCGCAGCCUGCCCAUCCCAUUCACCCCCCGGCGAUGCAGAUGCAGUCCACCGUGAUCGCUCACGCUGCCGUGUCCCACCCGUCGGUCAUCCAGGCUGUCAAUCACAGCCUGCCGGCGAGUCACAAGCAUCUAACGCACAUCGCCCCGUCACCCGGCCCCAUCUCCUCCAUCCAUCAGCCGAUGGCGGCGGCGCCGGCUGCCGCCGCUCACCAGCCGAUGGCCGCCCAGCCCAUCGGACACAUCACCGUCCACCCGGUGGCUCAUCUGGGAGGCCCCCUCCAAUCCCACCUCCCGACUCUCUACCCCCAGGGCGUGUCUGUGUCCCAGCCCACCAUGGUGGGCCACAUCACGCACACCUUCACCCAUCACGCCCUGCCGCACGUCCAGGCCAAUCCUCAAGUCAACAGUAACGGAGCCCAGAUGAACAGUGCGGCCGUGAUCAGCCAGGGGAGCCCGUCGCUAGGGAAACCCACCGCCGUGCUGGCCCCCCUCCCUCAGCUGGUCGGACAGGCCGCCGUCCUCAACCCUGUCACCAUGGUUACAGUCCCAACCUUCCCCGUCGGCACGCUCAAACUGGCCUGAAGGUAAAACACAAAGUAGACGUGGGGCUGUCGGUUGAAGGAGAGAAAGAUUCAGACCUUCUGGAUGCGUUUUUUACACUCCUAUCAAUAAUCAACUGCAGAGAAUCUCUGGCAAAAGAAAAACAUCAGUUGUUUUUUUUGGACAACUUGUGAUGGAAAAUCUCCGGAGAUAUUUUGGUCACAGCUCUGUUAGUUUGUGAACAAUAACAUUAAAGCAGUCAGUGGGUCAGGCCAUUGUUUGUGGAAAAAAAUAAGACAUUUGUCUGCGCUGCAAAGACAGGAACUCUGUUCUACCUUCCUUCCUACUUCUCUCCUUCCUUUCCUUUUCUCCUCUCCUUCCUUUCCAACCAGAAGCACUAACAUAAUAAGCUCAGUUCACACUCAGGCAUCAAGGAUUUACCUUAACAAUUCAUCCACUCAUCGAGGGAAAGAGAGUUGUUUGUCGUUGGACUGUUGGUGAUUCAAUAUGUGCCCGUUUUUUUUUUAUACUCGUAACCAUGACGUCACGUGGAAUAAUGUCACUGAUGUGUUUGAGAGCAGGAGGAGCUCCUAAUGAAUUACAGACCGGUGGAAAGUAGCUCACAUUACAUAGAGGGCUUAAUAGAGCUAAAGCGUUGUCAGUUUCUGAUGCAGUUCUUCACUUUUUCACUUUUUACUCAUGUUUAUUGCAUCGAGUUCUUGCUCCUCGGUGUGACUGUUAAACCUUCUCCAUUUACCUCCAAAUCAGGGUUCCUUGCCACUCCACUUGGCAC